AUGGACUCCCCCAUCACCUCUGUGGAGUCCUUCCGUUUCCUGGGCACCACCAUCACCCAGGACCUCAAGUGGGAGCCGACCAUCAGCUCCCUCAUCAAGAAGGCCCAGCAGAGGAUGUACUUCCUGCGGCAGCUCAGGAAAGCCAAGCUGCCUGCACAGAUGUUGGUGCAGUUCUACACGGCCAUCAUCGAGUCCAUCCUCACCUCGUCCAUCACCUCCUCCAUCACCUCCUCCAUCACCUCCUCCGUCACCUCCUCCAUCACCUCCUCCAUCACCUCCUCCAUCACCUCCUCCAUCACCUCCUCCAUCACCGUGUGGUUCGCUGGAGCCACAGUCAGGGACAAACAGAGACUACAGUGCAUUGUGCGCUCUGCAGAGGAAGUGAUCGGCCGCAGCCUUCCAUCGCUGCAGGACCUUGAGGAGGAGGUCCCGGGUCAGUGUGCAGUGUGGUGCAGUGAGGAGGAGGUCCCAGGUCAGUGUGCAGUGUGGUGCAGUGAGGAGGAGGUCCCGGGUCAGUGUGCAGUGUGGUGCAGUGAGGAGGAGGUCCCGGGUCAGUGUGCAGUGUGGUGCAGUGAGGAGGAGGUCCCGGGUCAGUGUGCAGUGUGGUGCAGUGAGGAGGAGGUCCCGGGUCAGUGUGCAGUGUGGUGCAGUGAGGAGGAGGUCCCGGGUCAGUGUGCAGUGUGGUGCAGUGAGGAGGAGGUCCCGGGUCAGUGUGCAGUGUGGUGCAGUGAGGAGGAGGUCCCGGGUCAGUGUGCAGUGUGGUGCAGUGAGGAGGAGGUCCCGGGUCAGUGUGCAGUGUGGUGCAGUGAGGAGGAGGUCCCGGGUCAGUGUGCAGUGUGGUGCAGUGAGGAGGAGGUCCCGGGUCAGUGUGCAGUGUGGUGCAGUGAGGAGGAGGUCCCGGGUCAGUGUGCAGUGUGGUGCAGUGAGGAGGAGGUCCUGGGUCAGUGUGCAGUGUGGUGCAGUGAGGAGGAGGUCCCGGUGAGGAGGAGGUCCCGGGUCAGUGUGCAGUGUGGCGCAGUGAGGAGGAGGUCCCGGGUCAGUGUGCAGUGUGGUGCAGUGAGGAGGAGGUCCUGGGUCAGUGUGCAGUGUGGUGCAGUGAGGAGGAGGUCCCAGGUCAGUGUGCAGUGUGGUGCAGUGAGGAGGAGGUCCCAGGUCAGUGUGCAGUGUGGCGCGAGUGAGGAGGAGGUCCCGGGUCAGUGUGCAGUGUGGUGCAGUGAGGAGGAGGUCCCGGUCAGUGUGCAGUGUGGUGCAGUGAGGAGGAGGUCCCGGGUCAGUGUGCAGUGUGGUGCAGUGAGGAGGAGGUCCCGGGUCAGUGUGCAGUGUGGCGCAGUGAGGAGGGAGGUCCCGGGUCAGUGUGCAGUGUGGUGCAGUGAGGAGGAGGUCCAUGAGGAGGAGGUCCCGGGUCAGUGUGCAGUGUGGUGCAGUGAGGAGGAGGUCCCAGGUCAGUGUGCAGUGUGGUGCAGUGAGGAGGAGGUCCCGGGUCAGUGUGCAGUGUGGUGCAGUGAGGAGGAGGUCCCGGGUCAGUGUGCAGUGUGGUGCAGUGAGGAGGAGGUCCCGGUCAGUGUGCAGUGUGGUGCAGUGAGGAGGAGUGAGGGAGUCCCGGAGGUCCCGGGUCAGUGUGCAGUGUGGUGCAGUGAGGAGGAGGUCCCGGGUCAGUGUGCAGUGUGGUGCAGUGAGGAGGAGGUCCCGGGUCAGUGUGCAGUGUGGUGCAGUGAGGAGGAGGUCCCGGGUCAGUGUGCAGUGUGGUGCAGUGAGGAGGAGGUCCCGGGUCAGUGUGCAGUGUGGUGCAGUGAGGAGGAGGUCCCAGUGGUCAGUGUGCAGUGUGGUGCAGUGAGGAGGAGGUCCCGGGUCAGUGUGCAGUGUGGUGCAGUGAGGAGGAGGUCCCGGGUCAGUGUGCAGUGUGGUGCAGUGAGGAGGAGGUCCGGUGAGGAGGAGGUCCCGGGUCAGUGUGCAGUGUGGUGCAGUGAGGAGGAGGUCCCGGGUCAGUGUGCAGUGUGGUGCAGUGAGGAGGAGGUCCCGGGUCAGUGUGCAGUGUGGUGCAGUGAGGAGGAGGUCCCGGGUCAGUGUGCAGUGUGGUGCAGUGAGGAGGAGGUCCCGGGUCAGUGUGCAGUGUGGUGCAGUGAGGAGGAGGUCCCGGGUCAGUGUGCAGUGUGGUGCAGUGAGGAGGAGGUCCCGGGUCAGUGUGCAGUGUGGUGCAGUGAGGAGGAGGUCCCGGGUCAGUGUGCAGUGUGGUGCAGUGAGGAGGAGGUCCCGGGUCAGUGUGCAGUGUGGUGCAGUGAGGAGGAGGUCCCGGGUCAGUGUGCAGUGUGGUGCAGUGAGGAGGAGGUCCCGGGUCAGUGUGCAGUGUGGUGCAGUGAGGAGGAGGUCCCGGGUCAGUGUGCAGUGUGGUGCAGUGAGGAGGAGGUCCCGGGUCAGUGUGCAGUGUGGUGCAGUGAGGAGGAGGUCCCGGGUCAGUGUGCAGUGUGGUGCAGUGAGGAGGAGGUCCCGGGUCAGUGUGCAGUGUGGUGCAGUGAGGAGGAGGUCCCGGGUCAGUGUGCAGUGUGGUGCAGUGAGGAGGAGGUCCCGGGUCAGUGUGCAGUGUGGUGCAGUGAGGAGGAGGUCCCGGGUCAGUGUGCAGUGUGGUGCAGUGAGGAGGAGGUCCCGGGUGUCAGUGUGCAGUGUGGUGCAGUGAGGAGGAGGUCCCGGGUCAGUGUGCAGUGUGGUGCAGUGAGGAGGAGGUCCCGUGAGGAGGAGGUCCCGGGUCAGUGUGCAGUGUGGUGCAGUGAGGAGGAGGUCCCGGGUCAGGUGGUCAGUGUGUGCAUGAGGAGGAGUGAGGAGGAGGAGGUCCCGGGUCAGUGUGCAGUGUGGUGCAGUGAGGAGGAGGUCCCGGGUCAGUGUGCAGUGUGGUGCAGUGAGGAGGAGGUCCCGGGUCAGUGUGCAGUGUGGUGCAGUGAGGAGGAGGUCCCGGGUCAGUGUGCAGUGUGGUGCAGUGAGGAGGAGGUCCCGGGUCAGUGUGCAGUGUGGUGCAGUGAGGAGGAGGGUCCCGGUGAGGAGGAGGUCCCGGGUCAGUGUGCAGUGUGGUGCAGUGAGGAGGAGGUCCCGGGUCAGUGUGCAGUGUGGUGCAGUGAGGAGGAGGUCCCGGGUCAGUGUGCAGUGUGGUGCAGUGAGGAGGAGGUCCCGGGUCAGUGUGCAGUGUGGUGCAGUGAGGAGGAGGUCCCGGGUCAGUGUGCAGUGUGGUGCAGUGAGGAGGAGGUCCCGGGUCAGUGUGCAGUGUGGUGCAGUGAGGAGGAGGUCCCGGGUCAGUGUGCAGUGUGGUGCAGUGAGGAGGAGGUCCCGGGUCAGUGUGCAGUGUGGUGCAGUGAGGAGGAGGUCCCGGGUCAGUGUGCAGUGUGGUGCAGUGAGGAGGAGGUCCCGGUCAGUGUGCAGUGUGGUGCAGUGAGGAGGAGGUCCCGGGUCAGUGUGCAGUGUGGUGCAGUGAGGAGGAGGUCCCGGGUCAGUGUGCAGUGUGGUGCAGUGAGGAGGAGGUCCCGGGUCAGUGUGCAGUGUGGUGCAGUGAGGAGGAGGUCCCGGGUCAGUGUGCAGUGUGGUGCAGUGAGGAGGAGGUCCCGGUGUCAGUGUGCAGUGUGGUGCAGUGAGGAGGAGGUCCCGGGUCAGUGUGCAGUGUGGUGCAGUGAGGAGGAGGUCCCGGGUCAGUGUGCAGUGUGGUGCAGUGAGGAGGAGGUCCCGGUGUGCAGUGUGGUGCAGUGA